AUGUCAACACAAGAAGGUGGAUUCCGGAAAAAGAAGUUCCACAAAGCCGAAUGGCAAUGCUGUGAAUGUGUCAGGACCGACCAGGUAAGACUUUAAUUGAUGGUUUUCUUCUGGGUUUUGACCUAUCACAUCUGCAUUACUUUUAGUGCUAAUGAAUGUGGUGUACAGCUUGGAACCUCUUGGAACGAUGCCGACUGCAACAGGAAUUGGAUUGAGAAUCGAACCGAAAACUGCACGAAAACCCAUGAAAGAUGUAACAACUGUUCCCUCAAAAUCUAUUAUAUGGUUAAAAUUGGGAACACAGAACAGGAGAGACCCCAAUAUAUGCCUUCUAGCACUUUCAGCGCCAAAGGAGAAGAAUCCACUGAAUUCACUCCCUCCCCAUAAGUCGCAGAAACACAACUCGAACCUAUUUUGCAAGCCAACUCCCAAACCUCUGUUUGACCUCGACUUUACCACUUCCUCAAGCUCAAGGAAACACUCUUCUCGCGCAUCGCAAUACUCACACUCGUUUUCAAUUUACCAAGUCUGGAUGUUACAUUGUUUAGUGGAAUUCUGUCUGUUAUUCUUAUCUGUUUCAAGCACGCUCAUUAAAUUAUGUUUUGGGAAAUAGCGCUACAAAUUACAAUGAAU